GAUGCGGGUUUGACUGAAUCCCUGCCCAUGCCUUUACUGUAGGAUAUUAUGUGUGCCCUGUGUUGAUAUGUGUACUCUGUCAGUAAAUAUAUAUUUAAUUAAAUUAUUUCAUGAAUUUAUUUUACAUUUAAUUUUGAUGAAGAAAGUUUAUUCUUCUCUCCAUUAGCAAUGUCUUGUGAUGGAGCGCGCGGCAAAUAUCCUGAAGUGAUGUAGACCAGGCCAGAGUAGCAGAGGGCAGAAUAGAAACCCUCUCCAAUUCCACUUUAUAUUUGUUUAAAUACUUAUACUUAGAGGGAAAACUGUCAACCAAUCCAAAGUAAAGGACCAAAGAAAAAUAAUGUAUGCUUUUGUGAGGUUCUUGGAAGACGAUAUGUGCUACGCUUUACCUGCUUCAAAUGUGAAAGAUUUUAGACCUCUGCACAAGACAGAUUUUGAUAAUCAGGUGUAUCUGGUUCUCAGAACAGAAGAGAAUGGUGCAGGCCAGCCGGGCAAAGCACAGAUUCUUGCCCUUGCAGAUAACAUUGAUGAGUUUGAAAACAAUAUAAUGCAAAAGAAGAUGAAAAUUCCUAAGAUGUCGACAAGGAAUAUGGGAAAUUCAGUUGAGAACCACUUUGGGGAGGAACGACUGCCAUUGAGACAUAAAAAGGCCCAGACACAGGACCAUGGGCGUCCCACAGCCAACUCCUCGAAGAGCCUGGCAGCGGUGGUGGCCCGCCUGGAGAGGAACGCUGUGAGUUCCUGCAUAGAGGGAGAUGAUGACCUGGAGGAGGACAGGCUGGCUGAGUUGGAAGAGGAGGAGGAGGGGGACUCUGGGCCCGAGAAGGCGGUGGUACCGCGGGUUCUGUAUGAGGAGCUGGUCCACAGCUACAGGCAGCAGGAGGAGGAGGUGAGGAGGCUACAGCAGGAGCUGGAGAGAACCCGCAGGCAGCUGGUCCAGCAGGCCAAGAAGCUGAAGGAGUAUGGCAGCCUGCUGACAGAGGUGAAGGAGCUGCGUGACUUCAACAGGAGGCUGCAGGACGUACUCCUCAUGAGGCUCGGCAGCGGUGAGAGUCACACACUCUCCAGUCACCUCUCACUGCAGCCUGCCUUGCACAUCUGUUCAGAGCCUAUGCAUGACAAUGGCACUCAGACAAUCAAAGCAGAGGUGGUGGAGCCCGUCGUUGAGCCACAGGAAGUGUGCAGAGAAGAGGCCAAUACCAGCUCCAGCCACUCACCCUCCCCUAGAACAGUCUACACUUGUAAUGAUGGCAAGGUGCACCUGGGCGGGGGCAUCUGGGUGCAGGAAGAGAAGUGGCACCAGCUACAGCGGACACAGGGGGACUCCAAGUUUACCAAGAACCUGGCCGUCAUGAUCUGGGGCACUGAGACCCUCAAGAACAGGAGUGUCACUGGCGUGGCCACCAAAAAGAAGAAAGAUGCCCUUCCCAAGCCCCCGCUCUCCCCAAGCAAGCUGAAAAUAGUCAGAGAGUGUCUGUAUGACAGAGUGUCUCAAGAAACAGCAGACCGCACAGAGAUCACACAAAGAUUGUCCAAAGUGAACAAAUACAUUUGUGAAAAAAUUAUGGAUAUCAACAAAUCCAUCAAGAACGAGGAGAGGCGGGAAUCGAAGCUGCUCAUUAGACAAACUGUCAAGAACGAGAAUUUUACCUAUGAUGGCAUGUAGUGUCGUAAGGUUGUCACCAUACUGUACCUCUCAUUUUCUAUUGGGUAGGAUCAUGUGUGCCAGCACUAGAGGUUUUCAGUGAGGGCCCAAGGCCCUAAACAAUCCAUCAGCUGUAAGACAGCUUUACCUACCAGUCAAUGCCAUGAGUGGUUGAGUGCUUUGGUGUGAGUCAUAUGAACGGGUGUGAGUAUUUUUACAAGCUUUAAGUAGGACUUUCUUGAACUGCACUGUUGGUUAAGGGCUUGUAAGUAAGCAUUUCACGGUAAGGUCUACAUGUUGUAUUCGGCGCAUGUGACCAAGUUUGAUUUGGCUGGGUGGACCUGGGUUUUUAGAGAUGUUUUUGUGUGGAGAGAUUCUUAAAGCAAUCUGGUUGUUAGAGAAUGCAGUCGCGCUCAAACCAAAUGUUCUGUGUCAGAACAUGACAUUGAGUACUAAUAUUCUCAGUGAUUUCCCUUGAAAAAUAAGUAUUCUGGUUGUAAGAAGAUAUUUUGGAAUAAUCAUGUUCGUGUGUGUGGUGGAAAGGUUAGCCAUGACGAAGGCCUUAGUGUUGAGAUCUCUGUGUGUGCUAUUGGUACUUAAUGUGUUUUGGGGAGGAUGUAAAGAUACACUUUUACAACAAGGUCUUAAUUGACCACAUUGCACAGAUAUUCUGUUGCCCUAGAGAUUAUUGCUGUGUAUCUUCCAUGGAAAUAUGGAUUUCCAUAGUAUAGAGCACCAAUGAACAUUAAGAGUUUGGUUCAGAGGUUUAUCAUUGUUUCAGUGCGGUGCUUGUCCACGUCAGACUAGCAACGGUCUUGAGAAGAUACCAUAUGUUAUUUUCUGGAUACUUGGUUCACAGUAUUUUUCUAUUUUACUUGAGAGAUCCAAUUUAAGAAAUUAUUUUAAGAAUGGGAAAUGUCAGAAUAAUAGCAGAGAUUUAUUUCAGCUUUUAUUUCUUUCAUCACAUUCCCAGUGGGUCAGAAGUUUACAAACUCAAUUACUAUUUGAUAGCAUUGCCUUUAAAUUGUUUAACUUGGGUCAAACGUUUCGGGUAGUCUUCCACAAGCUUCCCACAAUAAGUUGGGUGAAUUUUGGCCCGUUCCUCCUGACAGAGCUGGUGUAACUGAGUCAGGUUUGUAGACCUCAUUCCUCCUGACAGAGCUGGUGUAACUGAGUCAGGUUUGUAGGCCUCCUUGCUUGCCCACACUUUUUCAGUUCUGCCCACAUAUUUUGCAUGGGAUUGAGGUCAGGGCAUUGUGAUGGCCACUCCAAUACCUUGACUUGGUUGUCCUUAAGACAUUUUGCCACAUCUGGGGCGGCAGGUAGCCUAGUGAUUAGAGCGUUGGACUAGUAACCGAAAGGUUGCAAGAUCGAAUCCCCGAGCUGACAAGGUAAAAAUCUGUCGUUCUGCCCCUGAACAAGGCAGUUAAUCCACUGUUCCUAGGCUGUCAUUGAAAAUAAGAAUUUGUUCUUAACUGACUUGCCUAGUUAAAUAAAGGUAAAAUAAAAAAUUAAACGUUGGAAGUAUGCUUGGGUUCAUUGUCCAUUUGGAAGACCUAUUUGCGACCAAGUUUUAACUUCCUGACUGAUGUUGCUCCAAUAUAUUCAAAUAAUUUUCCAGCCUCAUGAUGCCAUCUAUUUUCUGAAGUGCACCAGUCCCCUCCUGCAGCAAAGCACCCCACAACAUGAUGCUGCCACCCUCGUGCUUCAUGAUUGGGAAGGUGUUCUUUGGCUUGCAAGCUUUCCCCUUUUUCCUCCAAACAUAACGAUGGUCAUUAUGCCAGACAGUUCUAUUUUUGUUUCAUCAGACCAGAGGACAUUUAUCCAGAAAGUAUGAUCUUUGUCCCCAUGUGCAGUUGCAAACCGUAGUCUGGCUUUUUUAUGGCGGUUUUGGAGCAGUGGCUUCUUCCUUGCUGAGCAGCCUUUCAGGUUAUGUCGAUAUAGGACUCGUUUUACUGUGGCUAUAGAGACUUUUGUCCCUGCUUCCUCCAGCAUCUUCACAAGUUCCUUUGCGGUUGUUCUGGAUUUGAUUUGAUCUUUUCACACCAAAGUACGCUCAUCUCUAGGAGACCGAACACGUCUCCUUCCUGAGCGGUAUUACGGCUGCGUGGUCCCAUGGUGUUUAUACUUUCGUACUAUUGUUUGUACAGAUGAACGUGGUACCUUCAGGCGUUUGGAAAUUGCUCCCAAGGAUCAACCAGACUUGUGGAGGUCAACAUUGUUUUUCUGAGGUCUUGGCUGAUUUUCUUUUGAUUUUCCAAUGAUGUCAAGCAAAGAGGCACUGAGUUUGGAGGUAGGACUUGAAAUACAUCCACAGGUACACCUCCAAUCAACUCAAAUUAUGUCAAUUAGCCUAUCAGAAGCUUCUAAAGCCAUAACAUCAUUUUCUGGAACUUUCCGAGCUGUUUAAAGGCACAGUCACCAUACUGUUUGUAAACUUCUGACCCACUGGAAUUAUGAUACAAUGAAUUACAAGUGAAAUUAUCUUGUCUGUAAACAAUUGUUGGAAAAAUCACUUGUCAUGCACAAAGUAGAUGUCCUAACCGACUUGCCAAAACUAUAGUUUGUUAACAAGAAAAUUGUGGAGUGGUUGAAAAAUGAGUUUUAAUGACUCCAACCUAAGUGUAUGUAAACUUCAGACUCCAACUGUAAAUGUCAUUGUUGUAGAAGUUAUUUUUAUUCAAACUGUCCUGCAGGUCAUUUAACUGUUUUGGAGAAAGGCCUUAGAAUAUGGCAGUUAUUGGGGACUGUGUCCUCAAGUUUUCUAGUAAGCUGUGAUUGUAAAGUAAAGCUGAUAUAGCUUUAAACUGCACUUUGGUGUCUGAAUGUGAAAAGAGUUGCCAGAUACUGUGUGUGGCUGUAGGUAAAUCUGUCUGCAGCGGCCAGUGUUAGUCUUGAUCCCUGUGGGCCUGGAUUAAGCCAACUUCCUGCUCUCUUACAGCCCUCUUUUUUGAGGCACACCACUUGGAAUGAAAUAAGGUAUAGUGACAACUUCCAAUGACAUGCCAUCAGAACUUUUCAAAUGUCUUCUUUGUUUUUCCCCAAACGGCUUGUCUGGCUGUCUGCGAUCUGGAAUUAAAUGCUGCAGAUUGAAUUCUCAACUGUGACCAUGUGGCUAACUGUGAAUCACCUGCAGGUCUGCCUGUCAAGCCUUUUUGUCUCAUCACUUUCUUUUUUGUUUGUGUUUCUGUCUAUGGUUUUUCUUUAUAGUUCUUACCAUUCGGUCAACCUUUUGUUAAGCUACCAUAUGUGGGGAUAUUUUAGUGUGUAUAUAACGAGUAUUUUCUUUCACAAAUCGUGGAUUUUCAGUUUUUAGUCCGACUUACACGUUACCAUGUUAAAUACCUUUUCGGUCUUUGUCUGGUUUGUUAAUUGACAUUGCAAUUCCUUUGUUACUUGGUGAUUUAUUUUUAUGUUUGUUUAUUUUCGUAAUCAUUGUUGGCUUUAAGCUUGAUGUUGUAUCCCAAAUGUAUAUCAGGAGCAUCUAAACUCAAAGAAAUGAAGUGUCUCUUGUGUGACCUCAAGACAAACCACAACACUCUGACAUAUCUUAUGUUUCCCCUGUUUUAAGGAUUGGUCAGACUAGCAAAUCAAUCUUUGAAUGCACUUUAAAUCUCUUGUGACCGAUUGUCUAUUUCCAAAGAAAUGGAUUGUUUGCAAAAUAGAAAAAAGACAACGAACAAUCAAUGUAUUAUAUAUUUGAGUUCUGGUUUGCUAUUUGUAUGAACUGAAUAAGUGUGAAGAGUGGUCCUUAGUAAGCAAUGCCACUGGCACUUACUGCUUUAUAUUCCCCAGGUUUAGCCUAUUCCCUCCCACCUGCCACUCCACAGAUAUUGGAAUAAGCUUUAGACCUCAAACUAAUGUGCAACUUCCUUUGAGCCAGACGAUAUUCUACAGAGGAACUGCAUAAUAGUUGUUCAAAAUGUUAAGAUAAUCUUGUCUGCUGCUCUCUUGUCCUGUUGUUUCCAUGUUUGACAGUUAUUUUUAUGUGCUUUGAAUUGACCCUAUUAUUUAAAUGAUGUGAUUGGUUAAGACGCAGACUAGGGAGUGGGACGCUGGGAACACUGGAAGCUCUGCUGGAAUGAUAUCCUGGUUGAAUGAUUGCCAAAAAUAAUCUACAGCCCUUUUCAGUCCACUGUUAUUUUUGUCAAACAAAUGUUCAAAUCUGAGAAAUUGCGCAUUCCCUGUAUUUUGUGGUGCGGAGGAGUAGUUAAGAAAAAAGUCCAGUUUUAUAACCGGCCCUUCCCUCUCUGUUUGGACAGCUAAUGGUUAAGGUGGGCACGGCCAUUUACUAUACAAUACAUGGCUUGUCGUCACUCAGCCCUCACAGCCAUUGGUCCCUUUAUGGCCCGCCAUGUCAUGUUGCAGCUUUGCUGUUAUUGACAGUAGAAUCACGCUGAACCCAAGGCUGCACUAGAUGCCAAGCUAUCGCUAGUGGUUAAACAUUGGAUCCAUCUGUGUUACCAGACAGGAUAAUGUGUUGGAAUGGCUAUAGAGCAGGGAAGGGCAGCUCUGAGCCACAGGGAUGGCAGACUCCAUCAGCUCAGUACAAACAGAUAGCAUGGGAACUGACUGGGGAUGGGGAAUUGGGUGGGUUGACAUAUCAAACAAACAAGGACUGUACUGUGCUAUUUCAUCUAAUGUGAUUCACAAAUUCAAGGACCUUGGCAAUGGAGAUGUGCAUUACGAAUGGAUUGUGUGCUCUUAAAUGAAUGUGUAGCGGUGCUGGAUAUAUUGAGUGUUGUUGUGGAUGAGUGGUAAUAAUAAGACAAAGUAUUGAAUGCUAACGAUGUAGCGGGGAAAGCUGGUGAGGAAAUAGGCUGGGUUUGAACUUGCACAACAACGACCCUUGCCAAGUUUAGUCCAGAGUUAUCCAAGUUACCACAGAGACUGAAUAUAUAUAUAUAAUUUUAUAUCUAUAUAUAUAAUUUUUAAAUUCUCCCUAAUGUAGAUGUCCUGCUAUCAUUUCUGUAGUAAUCAACAUGGUCCUGUCGGAUCCUUAUGAACACUAUGUAUUACAAUGCAUACGUUUAAAGCUUUUAGGUUGUUUGUGAAACUGUUCUACUGUGUGGACUGCGAUGAAUUCCUGUGUCAUGUUAUUGUUGUUUACUCAUUUGUUUUCUGAUGCCAAAACAGGGUGUGUGGUUAAACAGUGAUGAAUAUUGGACUAUAUUGUCACCUGACCCGUUCAUGAAAAGAUGUUGUUUCUGAUGCUGAGGACCAGUCCAGGUUUAACCUGCCAAACUGCCCAGUGUUCCUACUACAGUACUAUCACUGCCACUAGACGUAGUGACAACACUUCCUUAGGUUUGAAGUGGAUAUGAGGUUUUACAAAAAUAAGAUUAAUUUGUCAUAUCCUCACUAUGGCAGUGAGUCAUGGACUGUCAGCAUGUCUUACUGCACUCUCGGUCUGGCUGUCUGUCUGAUUCAUGAGGCCCAAUGUACUCACCUCAGAUAAAAUGUCAAGCUUACACUAAAUUAGAUGUUUUUGUUCUGUAAUUUUAAAAAAUGUAUUCUUGCUCAUCUUUACAUGUAGCUUUAUUCUACAAUCCAUUAGCCAGGUAUAUUUCAUCUAGCAUCACCGCCCUACCUCAUUGCUACUCUUGUGUCUGUGUGUGAUGUAUAUAUUUAAAAUACUAUAGGAAAAUACCUUACUGGUAACUCCUUUCCACAUGUAUAUGUAAACUCAUAACCUCAAUACUACACAGUUGAUAUCAUUAUUGGGAAAUCUGUUUUCUAACCUGCUUACUAAAGAUGUGACUGUCAAGGGAUGCCCAGUUGUCUCCAAAUAUAUAUUUCAAAUCAUUGCUAUGCUGUAACUUUGAUGGGUGUUUUACGUCACUUUCUGAGAUUUUCACGGUUGAUGGUGCUACCAGCAAACAGAUUAACUGAUCUGUGUCUCUUACCUCAAAUGGUGCUGAUUUUUUCUAUGUUUUUAUUCUCAUUAAGCUGUUUAUUCAGGUUGGUGAUCCCAAAAUCAACGACAAGUCAAAUUUCUUAUUGUUUAAAUCAUACAUUCUGGUUGUAGCAAAAUCAACUCUGGUGUUGUUUUUAAGUCAAGUACAUCAUAAUUCCUAGUUCAUCUUAAAAUAUAUAUUUUAGCAGUUAUCUGCAUACUUAGGAAUUGGACAAUUUGAGCUUGCUUCAGAUUUUGACUUGAUCUCAGAUCACCAUUUAACCAAAUACUGCUAUUAGCUUGUUGCAUAUUGGCUUCAUGGGCAGUUGUGCUAAAACCAUUUUCUAACUGGAUUGGGCAGGUCAAUAAGAGAGAUUUGGUCCUCAGUAAAUGUUUGGUUAUCCACAGGUCAAUGCUGUGACAACACUACUACAGACAGAUUGCAGUUACAGUACAAGGUUAUUUCUAAGCAGUGUCUAGUAUUUGGCUGGAAAUUCAAUAUUGGGUUGGAUGGGAUUGUGAAUUUAUCUCAGAGAAUAUUAAAUGUACUCCUAAUUUUUUAAAAUCUUGUAAAAAAUAUUUUAUAGAUGGGUGUGAACUGUCCUGACAACCUCUUGUUGAUAUGUGACAUAAUUUGAAAAAUGUCAAAAAUGCAUAAAUUUCACCUCUGAAAAUUGUAAUCGCAAUCAAUCACAAGUUUUUUUUUCACUUCUUGUUGAUCUUGUUCAUUCUUGCUACUCUUCCUGACCCUAGGAAGAGUAGCUUCUGCAAAAGCUAAUGGGGAGCCAAAUAAACAAAUUCAUAAAAAAUAUAUUUAAAUAAUUGCGAACAUGCUCAUUUGCUGUGAACCAGAACCAUAGAUCUAUGAACAGUAUAUGUACUCUGUGUAUAUGUACUCCAUCUGUGGCUCUGCUGUAGUCAUGUGGUCUUUUUACAUCCUUCUUUUCUUGGAGUCAGAGAUACAGGUUUCAGGAACAGUCUAGUUUUUGAGAUCAUACAUAUUCUUGUGUAAGGUGGUGUGCGGAGCCAAGAUCUGUGAAUUUGUCCUUGGGAAGGGACAGUGUGUCCUAGGGAGGGACUGAGACCCUCAGUCACCAUCCCCAAAAUGUGUCAUACAGAAAGAAAAGGUUAUAAAUAUACAUGUCCUUGCAAAUCGGUCACACCUCUGCCAUGCAAUCGAUUUUGACGCUUAGUAUAAUUUUGUGUUUGAUGCGGUCCAGGUACACCUGUUCAAUGUACAGAUCAAAAUAAAUCCAGACUUUUAUUCUACCAGAA